AUGACGGACGCGCCGGUUUCUACUCAAAAGGAGUUCACCGGCCAGCAGGGCUGGAACGACUGUAUGCCAGAUGCUAUGAUGCAGGGCUCCAAACCGCGAGCGGGCCCGCGAAAGGUACGGCGUGCCGAUGACGGUGGGUUGUACUCGGGCCAGCCGCCUGUGGCAACCACAGCUUCGCCAAACUCGAGCCAAACUACUCUACCACCAACUGGACCUCCCAAAAAGCCGUCAACAACCCCGCCAAUGGGGUCGGUGGCCCCCGCAAAGCCCAUGACCCCGCCAACUGCCAUCGAGGUAGCGGACAGCCUCGACGGCGUGGUGGUUCUGCAGCAGGUCAUCGGGUUGUUGGAAUCGUCCAAGCUGUCAGUGAAAGAAGUGGGUCAGUACAGAACCAAAUUUGAAAAAGUUAUACCUGAUCUGGCCCCGGUACAUCUCAAGGCCAUUGUGGACGCCUUAGCCCAGCCUGCAGACGCCCGCGAUAUUCUCAUGAAACACAGCAUGGUCAAUAUCGGAACAUCUUCUUGGUGCACCCCUUUGCGUCGCAUUCUAGAAUCUCAGUGA